AGCAGCGCUCAGGAUGCGCACGGUUAAUAGCGAAGAAGGGGCACGUGGAAACGGAAGUAAAGGUUUCCUUGCCCUUGUGACAGCAGCGGAUUGCGGACGCUCGUAGAAGAUGUACAGGCAGUUGUUUGCGCUUCAGCAGGUGGCGCGGCGGAGCAUUUCCAGCUCUGUCCGGCGUCAGGUGGAGAACAAAGUGCCGCAGAAACAGAAGGUUUUCCAGGAGGAUAACGGGGUACCCGUUCAUUUAAAGGGAGGCACCGCCGACGUUGUGCUGUACAGAGCAACGAUGGCCCUCACCGUUGUGGGGGUUGGAUACGUGCUGUUCGAGCUGGUGAAGGCAGCGUUCCCUCAGAAGAAAGCAUAACGUCUCUGCCUCAGCUGUUUACUUCCACUUUCCAAAAACCGGCCAGCCGUUCUAUAUUGUAUAAGAUGAAAAUGCUCGUCUGUGCCGGGCCGCGGUUCCUGUCAUGGUGCGAUUCUGUUUCAGUGUUCGUUGGAUCACUAUUUAUUUCUCGUACUCUCUGGUGACCUGAGGAUCAAUAAAGAAACGCCUCUCAUGUCCAUCA